GCCCAGUGUCACGUGACCGGUUUGAAGUCGCAGACGUAAAGAUGGACGCCUCUGUGCUUCCCUGUAUGAAUCGGCUCACAAGUUUAGAGCUUUUAAGCAGCAUGUCGUCUAUGGACAUUCUUCGUAAAUGUACAUAUUUGUUUAUUAUCGUCUGUGUCACGACUAGAUCAUCGCUAGCGGACGAGUUCGAGCUGGAAGAGUUUUUGAAACGGGAAUAUUCACUGAUCAAACCUUAUCGAGGUUUAGGUUUUUCCAGCUCUUCACAAUGGGAUCUGAUGGGAACUGCAGUUAUCACGCCCGACUAUAUCAGACUGACUCCGGACUCCCAGAGCAGACAAGGGGCAGUGUGGAGCAGAAUUCCAUUUUACCUGAGUGACUGGGAGCUAAAGGUACAUUUUAAAAUCCAUGGGCAAGGAAAGAAGAAUUUCAAUGGUGAUGGUCUCGCGAUUUGGUUGACAAAGGAGCGAAUGGUGAAUGGCCCUGUAUUUGGAAACAUGAACAGAUUCACAGGACUGGGUAUUUUUGUGGACACCUACCCCAAUGCUGAGAAGCAACAUGAUAGGGCUUUCCCGUAUGUGUCGGUCAUGCUGGGGAAUGGCACUCUGGAGUACGACCAUGACAAAGAUGGCCGCUCCACGGAACUGGGCGGCUGCACGGCCAUGAUCCGCAACUCUGUCCACGACUCUUUUCUGCUCAUCAGAUACUCACACAAUGAGCUCACGCUGAUGACUGAUGUUGACGGUAAACAGACAUACAAAGAGUGUGCCUCUGUGUCAGGACUGAGGAUGCCUCUGGGGUACUACCUCGGGGCCUCCUCUGCCACUGGUGAUCUAACAGACAACCAUGACCUGAUCUCGCUGAAGAUGUACCAGCUGACUGUGGAAAGGGACCUGGAAGAGGAGGGGGAGGAGGAGGUGCUGCUGCCCAGAGUGGACAACAUGGACCAGUUUCACGUGGAUGUGCAGGAGGAGGGCAUGACUGCAGUCCAGAUCUUUGUCACCGUCCUCUUCACAGCCAUGGGCCUUGGGGUGCUGGGUGUGGUCGGCCUCAUACUCUACGGACGCUGGAAGGAAAACAAGCGCAAGAGAUUCUAUUGAUUCUAUAUCACUGUGGUAUUUACAUAACACCAGAAGAAAUAAUAUAAUAUUCAAAUAUAUGGGUUUUGAGGCAGAACAAAAAAAUAGGGUGAGUUUAUGCUUUAGAAUUUGACAAAGUAAAAAUUUCAGAUGGAAGGGUAAAAAAAUUACAGAAAAUCCAGGUUUUGGUCCACCACUUUUUGACACAUUUGUUAAAAAAUAAAUAAAUGUUAUAGUUAUUUUUGCUGAUAGAGAAAUCCUCAAACUUUUCUGUCAGUCCAGAUAUAUUUUCUACAAAAACAAAAAACAUCAGCAUUUAGAAUUUUUAUGCAAAUACUGCCUUUGAACUCUGCCCUCUAUCUCAGUUAUGAACAAUAGGCCCAAUAAAAUGGAGAGACAUCAGAAGAAUGCGACCUAUUUGCUGUAAACGUAUGUGAACGUGUUUUAAGUAUUUUUCAAAAAAGACAAUUGAAAGCUGCUGAUGUAAAGCCUAAAUGAGUAAGUUCAUUCAUAAAACAAAAGUAGGAAAUUAACAAAUGAGCACUGAAAUGUAACAUAAUUUUUAUAAACGAGAAAAUUUGGGGAAAAAAACAACACAUAGGCAAACAGGGUAAAGUUUGAUAACUACAAUUGGCACAUUUUCUCUGGUUGGUAAACUUCAACAAAUAUGUUCUAGAAAAUUUCUAGAUUUUCACUGAAAUAAUACAUUUAGUUAGGAUUUACAUACUAAAAUUAGAGAAUAUUUUAGAUUAUUAAUGCGUUUUUGAAGAGUGAAAAAAAAGAUAGAAUUCUAAUUUAAUUUGUGAAAGCCCUUUAUAGUAAAAUUAUUUUCAAAAUAUGGAAUUUUUCAAACCCAGGCAAAGCACUGUGAAUCAUCCUUAUGUAGCAUGUAUUUAAUUUCUGAUUGAAAUAUUUGAUAAUUACUACAUGUGGUGCGCCAUUUACACAUUCAAAUCAAAUAUUUACAUACAACUUCUCAAAAAAAAAACAACAUGUACAUAUAUUAUAUAAAUAUAAAUAACUUGAGCCAUUUGUGGUUUCUCUACAGACCUCUCCAUGCACUGAAAAGUCCUUUUUUUUUUGUUUUUCAUUUUACAUGGCAAAUCUUGGAAAGUUAAACAGAUUUUUCUAGACUGUAGCUUCAACCGAACUGUAUAACAAUCCAUAUCCUACAUUUCAUCCUUUCACCAGGUUUUUUAAAAAUUUCAAAUCUCUUACCUCUUGUGUAGGUUCUGCCUUGUCUCUCUCACUGUGAAUUUUAAGUGCUUGUCUCAGAAUGAAUGAACUAGAACAAAUUUGUCUUUUUUUUUUUUUUUUUUUUUUUUGGAAAAUGUGUUUUUUGUUUUUUGUUGGAGUGAAGCUGGCAUAAUAAAGGUGCACUAUGUAACUUUUCUUCUCACUUGCUCGUCUCCAUGGAUAUGUGAUUGCUUUAUCUGAAAUGUUCCACAGUAUAGCAUUAAACCUACUUAAACUUAUAAACUCUAUGGAGAUAAUCAGGUGAGGUAAACAGGCCAAGUUACAGGUCAGAUCUGUGAAGAGGCGAGUUGAUUUUCAAGUAAUUUUUGAGAAAUAAAUACAUGGGUGAUUGAGUGAAGGCAAGAUGUUUAAUGCCGUAGUGUGGAAACAUUCUAGGCAAAGCAAUAACGACUCCGUAGAGAUAAAAUUACAUAGUGUACCUUUUUAAUUUAGUUUUUUCAGCUCGUGCCUUUACUGCUACUGUCCAGUGGAUGUACCUCAAAAGUUAAUACGCAAGUUGUGGGUUCUAUUUCCCAGAAAAGUUGACACACUGCUCCCUGUGUCACUGCGGCAGAGUGGUUAUCCUGUCUUCUCUUAGUGAGGAGGUUUUGGGUUAGACUCCCCAAUUCUAGAUGAUUCGAGCAACAUCCAGAGCUACAAAGACAAAAAAGAUGUGAAAAAGUUCUCUAAAUGUAAAUGUUAACUUUCUUGACACAAAGACAAUUUUCAUUAUUACAAUUACACUCAUUUAUUUUAUUUUAUUUUUUCAAAUUCUACCUGAUAACUACGUCGUCUGUCUGCUCGUCUCCAUGGAGAUGCUAUUGCUUUGUCUUUAAGUUACCACAAUAUGGCAUUAAACUUAGCAAUCACGCAUUUAUUCAAUUACAGCUGUUUUUAUUACUCAGAAAUGCCUUACUUGAAGCACGGUCACCUCUCCACAACUCUGACCUCUAACCUGCUUGUCUCCAUGGUGAUUUAAUGUCAUACUGUGGAUCGUGCCAGGCAAUAACAUCUCCAUGAAAAGUUACAUAUUGCAUCUUAAAUAUAAAAAAAAUAUCACUUUACAGACACGUUACAAUGCCACCAUUUAUUUCAUUUUACAAAUUUUACUGUUGAUUUGGAACAAUUUUAAUAAUCAGUUCACAAGCGUCAUGUUUUUUUUUUGUACAUUUGUAGUUUUUGUGUUUGAACAAAUCCCAUUCUGUAGCCGAUACUGCCCGAUAAUGAUUUGAAAUAUCUGUUUAUGGCUGUGCAUCUCAAUCCUGAACAACACACUGUUAUUGUCAAUAUCUAGUGUAUCACCAGCUAACGAUAUGUUGCAUACAUUUUAUAUCAAAUUGAGCCACUGAGAUUAGUAUUUUCAUAGUUUCUGACAGUUUCGUAAACCACUAUUGAAGCGCAUUUGGUCGUCAUUGUCUUUUAGAUGUGUUUUUUUUCCUUACAAAUGUCUGUAGUUUGUACUGUCGAAUGUGAGAAAGCUCUUUAACCAACAAACGCAACCUCUAGGUAAUUAUUAAAUUAAAAAGAAAAUUGUGAAUCAUUUUUCCUAAAUAAAUGUUUCUUACAUGAUCUUUCUUGGCUUUGUGGGAUCUCAUUCUCACUUUAUGGACAGGCCUCAUGUGAAGAACGUCCAGAAUGCACUGAACUGCCAAAAUAACUGGAUUUUAGCUCUGAAACUGGCAACGUAAAUUCUCACAAACCACUUGACCAUCAUGUCUAAUGUGAAUUAACAGUUGUAAUGCUGAUUUAUUCUUAUCAGUAAAAACAUUUGAUUUGAAUAUGUGUAUUUCGUAUCUGGGGACAGUUAGGUCAUGUUUAAUGAAUUUAAAAUGUAAAUCUUGCAUAAUGAUUCAUUUAAAGCAGGGGUGUUUUCACCGAGGGCCACAUUAGCAAAAGGGCUGCUCUCAAAGGGC